AUGAACGUUUCCAUGACUCUGAUUCCUCUGUGCGUUGACUUCAACAGUCCGGGAGACUAUUUCCUCUUUAUUUUUCACAUCUGUGCCGGAGUGAGCACCGUGCUGGUUGCAGGCUCCGUGGCUUUGGGCAUCAUCAGCACCCGUGCGCUUCUCAAACAAAACCGGUUCCUGUUUAUGUUGAAUACAAGCAUUUGCGAUACGCUGACCGGCUGUGGCAUUUUCUAUCAAUUCCUGUUCGAUGUGCGGGUUGGAUUCCCGUCUAAAAACGGGACUUAUUACAUCCUUCCCACUCUGCUCGGGGUCAACAUCAUGACCUUUCUAUUUGCGCAGUUUGACCGGUAUUUUGCGGUGUGCCAUCCCUUCUUCUACGAUCGCUUCAUCAACACCAGAGUGGUUAUUUGCAUAAAUGUGUACAGCUGGGUGCACGUGUACGGCCAGCUGCUUAUACAACACAUGGUGCCGCUGUCUAAAGCCAUAGAGAUUGGAAUAUACAGCAGGAUCAGUCUGCUGCUGAUUAUCAUCACCAAAAUCACCAUGACGGUGAAGCUGCUGAUCGUGGCCAGACACCAGCUGCUCCGGGAGCCUCGGGGUCCGGAGCGAGACGGCAAGAAGGAGUCGCUGCUGAUCAUCGUGGUGGUGGUGGUGUUCUUCCUGCUGCUCUGGGGUCCGGCCAUGCUCUACACCAUCCUGUCCUCGUUGACGGGGAAAUAUCUCGACAUUAAAAACGAUGCGGUGAACCCGAUGAAGAUCUUGUCGCGGAGCAACGCGCUGUGCACUCCGUCUCUGUACCUGUGCGCCAGCCCUGCGCUCCGAGAUGCCGUGUGGAAGAGUGUGUGGAGCAAAAUCUGCUGCUGUAAGAGAGCCACGAGAAUUGGCUCUACGUUUGAUGGAGUGAAAAACAGUAACAAAGCAGCGAGCAUCAUCAUAAAGUUAUCUUAACGACCACCUGUGAUAAUGGGAGUUCUCUAUCACUGCGUUAAAAACGUGUUUUAUAAUGACUGAAACAAAGCGCAGUGCUCAGACUGGAAACUGCAGUUUUUGAGGGAGAAUUUAGAAUAUCAGCUAAAAGGUAGAAUAUGACCUGAGUUUGAGAUUAUGUGACGAGACAUGACAUGUUUUUCGGGUAAUCUGUUCCAGUUUGGGGCUAAAUCUACUAAAUCUGACAUUUAAUUUGGAAACGAUACAUUAUUUUUCAUACGAAACAAACCUGCCACACUUACCAAUCAAACAUUAGACAGAACAAAAUUCAAUAUAUGGAGGACGUUUAUGAUAACGUGUUGGUUUUGUUGCUUAUAUGAAACUUAUUGGGAGAUUUUGCUUUCUAGAAAACUGCAGUCUAUGUAAUGCAAGUUAUAGAGGCCUGCUCUUCCCCUUUAUUUAGUGUCUUUGCAUCUUAUCUUAUUGUCUUUUAAGUUUUUUUUUUAUUUUAGGUUGUGUCAUUUUAAUAAUAACAUUCCACAUUAUGGGAGAACAAUUAAAAUGUUCAACAUUUAGAGUAAGAGAUGUGAAGUUUAUUAUAAACUAGUGCAACAGAAAUUAAAUUAACUAAUCCUAUAAAUGGGUGUUAGACCGUCAUCUUACAAAUUAAUUAGACAUGAAAGUUAACUUUUAUAAAAUUGAAACAAACAAAGUUUUACAAUUGGAUUAGUCAUUAAGAUUGAGCACCAUGGACAGCUCCACUACAACUCACAUGUUCAGCAUCCUGGACAGAUCCG